UCCUCUUCUUUAAUCCUUUCUUUAAUUUUCGCUACACUCAAUCUCAUGAGUGCAGCAUUAUUAUAACAGAUAAUAGAACAGGAUUAAAAUUAAUUAAUUAAUUAACGGUAAUGGAGGGAAAUGCAGGAGGUAAUAAACGCAGACGUGUUUAUUCUGUGGAAGCAAAGAAAGUAGCACAAUCUGCAUUCACCAGAAACUAUGUCAACUAUCUUAUUCCAGCGUUGACCAAGAUCAAGAACCAGAACACCACCACCACUUCCUCUGAUUUCAAGAAUGUUAAGUAUGAAGUGGACAUGGCUAUGGCCUUCUCAGCUGAAGGUUUUGCAUGGAGCCAUGGUCUGAAACUCAAGCUUCUUCAAAGAGAUGAAGACGAAGCACCUACCAUCACUACUGAAAAGGCUUCUUCAAACCCUAGUUUAAAGACAUCAUCAGAUGAAGAUGAGAAGAUGAAGAGUGAGUUGAGUAGCCUGAGAAAGCUGAUACCAGGAGGAGAAGAGAUUGUUGAUGAAGAAAUGGUUACAGAAUUAGAGAGUUAUAUAAGCUGUUUGGAGAUGCAGGUCAAUGUUCUUCAAUGCCUGCUUUCUCUCUCAUAGUCUCAAACUGCUUCUUCAUUUAUUUGUUAAUUAAUUUCUACUUGUUCCUUCUUCUUUAUGUUCAAACUUCAAAUUG